UGUUUAUCACAACUAGCCUAAUCAAUGGGAUCUUAAUCGAUAAUAAUUAUCACAUCUUAUUAUAACAACAGAAAUAGCCGCGUAUUAUCAACAGACAGCUUACAGUACAAACUGAUAUAAUCAUAUCGAUCACAGCAGUGGAUGUAGUGCAUAAAUGUUAGCCGGUCAAAGUCUAACGGAAGUUGUAAAAACAAACUUCACUCAGCAGUGCACGCUUACUACCAAUUGGUCACAAGUUAAGUACAACUGACGCCAAGAAAGUUCACGACACGUACGUUGUAAAGGCACACUUUGAACUUUAGACCCAAAUGACAUCGAGAUCAACUGCACCAAUAAAUGAAAUCACAGUUUGUCGUAGAUUUAAUCAGUCCAUACGGGCCAUUAUGGCAAAUAAUGCAUUACUCAAAUUGGGUGCAUUUAUCGCUUUGGGAAUUUUUCUAUCUCUUUACGUUGGAGUGACAUGUCUUCCCACAAUAGCAGUGGUGUUUACAAUUUACCUGGUUACGGGAGGCUGGAGAUUCACCUUGGUUGUAAUUAAGACUCUCCCGAGAGAUUUCAGGGGUUUGUUAUUUUUAAUUAAGGUGACUGUAUUAAUACGGUAUUACAUUAGACAGAAAUAUACACUAGCCAAGAUAUUUGGUAAACAUGUCCAGAAAUACCCCAAAAAGCCUUGUUUCAUUUACGAAGAUGUGGUAUGGACUUUUCAAGAUGUCGAGAACGUAUCAAAUCGGGUAGCCAAUUAUUUCUACGAAGCUGGAUAUAGAAAGGGAGAUAUGGUGGCCUUGUUUAUGGAGAGUCGUCCUGAGUUUGUCUGUCUAUGGUUAGGUUUAUCAAAGAUUGGAGUAUCUGCAGCAUUAAUCAACUUUAAUCAGCGAGAUACAGCUUUAGCUCAUUCCAUUACAAUAUCAAAUUGUAAGGCUGUUGUCUUUGGUGGAGAACUGUCUCAAGCUAUAAAAGAUGUGACUCAAGAAUUACCUAAGAAGAUUGAGUUAUACCAUACUGGUGCCAUGACAACUAAUGAUAUUACACCUAUAAAUUUAGAUGUUGCAUUAGAACGAACAUCUACAUAUCCGCCACCGAAAGUUGAUCAAAAUUUUAAAGAUUGUUUAUUCUUCAUUUUUACAUCUGGAACUACAGGGUUACCUAAAGCCGCCAUUGUUACUCAUACCAGGUAUUUCUACAUGGCUCUAGCUAUCCAGUUCUUCCAUCAUAUAACAAGUAAAGAUAUAUUAUAUGAUACCUUACCUUUAUAUCAUACAGCGGGAGGUAUCUUAGGUAUUGGACAGGCUAUUCUAGGUGGUACUACUGUGGUCAUCAGAAGAAAGUUUUCUGCUAGUCAGUUCUGGACUGAUUGUAUAAAAUAUAAUUGUACAAUAGCUCAGUAUAUUGGUGAAAUCUGUCGUUACUUAUUGGCUCAGCCACCCAGGCCAACAGAUAAUCAACAUAAAGUAAGAGUUAUGUAUGGUAAUGGUUUAAGACCACAGAUAUGGUCCGAGUUUCAACAGAGAUUUGGUGUGGCAAGUAUGGGAGAAUUCUAUGGUGCUACAGAAGGCAAUUGUAGUAUAGUGAAUUUUGAUAAUACAGUUGGAGCUGUAGGAUUUUUAACAAGAAUUGUACCCGUUCUUUAUCCUGUUACAUUAAUACGAGUAGAUGAAGAUACGGGCGAACCACUCCGAGAUAGAAAUGGAAUGUGUAUAUUUGCUAAACCAGGAGAACCUGGAGAAUUAGUAGGAAAGAUUGUUAAAGGUAAUCCCCUUAGAGAAUUCGAUGGUUAUGCUAACAAAGCAGCAUCCAAGAAGAAAAUAGUUUCAGACGUUUAUAGAAAAGGAGAUACCGGUUUUCUAACAGGUGAUAUACUGGUGAUGGAUGAAUUAGGAUAUAUGUAUUUCCGUGAUAGAACUGGCGAUACUUUUAGAUGGAGAGGAGAAAAUGUUUCUACUUCGGAAGUAGAAGGCAUUAUACAUAAAAUUCUUAAAUUACAAGAUGCUACAUGUUAUGGUGUAGAAAUCCCAGGUAAUGAAGGUAAAGCAGGAAUGGCAGCCAUUGUUGAUGAAAAUAAUACAGUUGAUCUUAAAGGUUUAUAUAAUGCCUUUCAAAAAUCUCUACCACCUUAUGCUAGACCUAUUUUCAUUAGAAUAACUAAAACUGUAGAAACAACAGGUACCUUUAAGUUAAAGAAAACGGAUUUAAAAAAAGAUGGCUUUAAUCCAAAACUGAUUAAAGAUCCUGUGUUUUAUAUGAACAGUAAACUAGGUCAAUAUGAACAAAUAACACCACAGAUCUAUGAUGAUAUCUGUAAUAAUAGAAUCAGGUUGUGAGAUGCUACUGGUUGUACAAGUCUAUAUCUUCAAUAAACUCUUGAGUUACCAGGCUGUCAAUAUUGUGACUUUCUGCUGUAUGUUUGCAAGUGUGGGUCUGUUAAAAGUGGAUCUCAAUGAUCAGCCAAUGUAUUCAUCAUCAUUAUAUGCAUUCCUGUUUAGACACCACAGAAAGGGCAUUAUUUUUUUAUUAUUAUUAUUACAGUAUAUUUGUAUCAGGUACCCUGUUUGUCAAAAGUAUUAUGAACCACUUUACAAGAAAUGAGAUGAAAUUGUGAUUUAACUUCCUACUUUCCUGCUCUGACUGGGCUAAUGAACAGGGGCAUACGCCAUACAGUGUGCCAUGAGGGAAAUUUUGCCCAGGCAGUGGCUCUAUGGCUACUCUUAUAUUGAAUUCCAACUGCCAAGGGAUCUUUUAUGUGCAUGCGACCUUGGUUUUUACAACCCAUCCAAACAACUAGACAGUUGUCAUUUUUCUUGUUUUAUUCCAUUUUCUGUGUUCUCUGGGAAAAUGAUACACUUUUUAUUUGUUAUGGUCUAGUAGCUGUUUACAUAAACAAAAAUAUUGUGCCUUUUAUAUAUUUUUAAAAGUGUUAUUUAAACAAGUUAAUAGUACAUUGUUUCGGUCACAGAUUUUGAUAUAUAAAGGUUGAGGGGGGGGGGUCUAUCGAAUACUCAGUAAGUCAGUAUAGAACACCUAAAAUAAUUGAAAGCUUGGGUUUAAUGUGUAAAACAAAACCCCGCAAAUCCUGCAUUAUUUUUUUAAAAAAAAUCAACCACUUUUGUAUUUCACAUAUAUUUUAAUAACUAAUGUAUAUGCACAAAUGAAUGACAUAACACCGUUUAAUAUUCAGUUAUCUUUCUAACACUUUAUUUAUAUGCCUAGAUAUAUUGUAAUAAAAUAAUUAUUUGCCCAGAUAUAUCGUAAUAAAAUAAUUAUUCGCCCAGAUAUAUCAUAAUGAAAUAAUUAUUCAUCAAGAUAUAUCACAAUAAAAUAAUUAUUUGCCCAGAUAUAUUGUAAUAAAAAUAAUUAUUCACCCAGAUAUAUCAUAAUAAAAUAAUUAUUCACCCAGAUAUAUCAUCAGAUAAUUAUACUCCCAGAUAUAUCGUAAUCAGAUAAUUCUUCACCCAGAUAUAUCAUAAAAAAAAUAAUUAUUCGCCCAGAUAUAUCGUAAUAAAAUAAUUAUUCACCAAGAUAUAUCAUAAUGAAAUAAUUAUACCCCCAGAUAUAUCAUAAUGAAAACAUUAUUCACCUGCUAUAUCAUAAUGAAAUAAUUACACUACCAGGUAUAUUGUUACGAAAUGUGUUAUUCUGAGUCAGUUACUAAAUGUGGCUUAAACAAUAAAUUCAUAGAAUCCACUUGUACAUGGGUAAUUUUAGGAUGUUAUAUUCAACUGCUAGACUGUAUUUUAUCAGUUUUUAGAUAAAAAAUAACUAUUUUAUGAUUUUUAUUUUUAAAAAAAUAUAAAUAUAUAUAUAUAUAAUGUCUAAUCUUUUGCACAAAAUAUUUAUAAACCUGAUGUAAAAUGUCUUGCCUAAUAUAUUAUAUGCAAUUUGCAAUUUUUUUAAAGACAUCUAUAUUUUAUUAGCAGUUUUGAUUUUUAAAUUAAAAAAAAAUAUCUAGUCAAAAUUAGAUAGCCAUAGCCAUUUAUCUUCCUUUUUAUGUCUUUUUUUUCUUCCUCUUCUUCUUCAAUAGUUUUCAAGAUUUUCAUUUUUGGUCUUUUUAUAAUUUUCAGUUGUUAUUUAUGAUGUUUGCACCAGAUAGAGUGAAAUUGUUUACAGCCUCACGUGUGUUUAUGUUUUAGCCAAUCUGAUUAAAAUACAGAUCUAUAUUUCGUUUCGUUUUUUUAUAUUUUUGAUCCAGUGUAGUAAAGACAAGUAAAAUGAAAUUUUGAACUAUAAAAAAACGAAACGAAAUAGGAUCUGCGUUUUAAUCAGAUUGGGUUUUAGCGAAAUUGCAACAGCAUAUACUAAAAAUCCUCUUAGUUUAGUUUUUAUAUAAGUAGUAACAAAAGUAUAUAUUAGUAGCAAAAAUAUUUAUUGGGAGAUGCACCCUAUCUUACAUGUAUGCUGAAAGAAAUUCAUAGGAGUACUCGUUUGAUGUUCUGUCUAAAGCCCGUUUUAUAUACGUGUUUCCUCCGGCAUAAAAGUCGGUCUAAUGCUAAUGUAAUGGGACCGUUUCCAUGGAGUUCAACUCGCCCUUUAAUGAGACCUCUGGAAUAGUUUCCAUAUAAAAGACGAAAACGCGCGCUGAAAUGCUACAUUGAAAACGGCCCUAAAAGGUUCGAAAUUGGCAGAGUUACAAUCGUGUGUCACGGAAUUGACAGUUCUGCCAGUCCCGAACCAGAUGGGGGCUGUUCAGUAGAAUAGUGAUAUAAAAUAAAAUUCAAUUGAUCAAGUUAGUAACAUAUUCAGAAGCACUUGACUUGACUAGAAUUCAUUCGGAAACGUUCAAUCCAUGGGUUCCACGUCGGCAGUAUAUGCCGGUCAAGACCUAGGGCUAUGGAAAAUGACCGUAACUAGAUCUGACCCAACGGUCAUUUUGCACGCCUGAAAGAGAGCCUUUUUUUCAAAACCCAAUUUUCAAACAUGGCUACGGAUCGACCUCCGGUAUGUAACUAUACAAUUGUACGGCCAGUACAGAAUAAUGAACACGUAUAGAAGCCACAUAAUAUCAAUUGAUUCAUCGUCCUCACAUGUAUCAUAUAAAUAUUUAGCGUUGAAAGAGUGAUUUGUUUUAACAAACAGGGCUGUUUUAUGAGGUUUUUAAAUGUACUAAUAACAAUUGUUCUUGCAGACGGAAAACUACAAAUUAGAUUUGUAAACACAAAACCAUAGUAUGGAACACAAUUGAGUCCCGCGGAAGAACGAUCUAAGUCACUUUUUCAAUGAACCCCAGUUGAUGGCGCCAUCUGUUAGCAAAUUGUAUAAGCUUUCUGUGGAACAAUCUAUUUCAGGUAAAAACAAUCGCAGUCGCAUCGAACCAAGGCCCUUCUGAAAUGGCCUCCCGAACAAAUACAAGUCCAUCGUGGCAUCGUACCCUUUAUUUAACCUUAAUUUGCCUGAAAAGUUGAAGUCAGUUGUUGUACUGGUAGUUAUCAUUCGUAUUAACAUCAUUUUGAAGUUGUAAUUAAACCCACUUGUUGUUCUGUUCGCGUCAAACAUUCUCGUCCAAAAGUCUGUUUUGCCUUUUAUGCGAAAAGACAAAAAUGUGACUUAGAUAGUUCUUCCCCUGGGCUUUUCAAUUACUAUUUUAAUUAAAGCGACGUUUCGUUGAGGGUCCAAGCUUGAAAAUGUCGAGAGAACCCUCAACGAAACGUCGCUUUAAUUAAAAUAAUAAUUGUUUCCAUAUUAUGGUUUUGUGUUUAUUACGUGUGCCAAUUGCUAAAUGCCACUCAAUGAAGAUAGAUACAAUUUUUUAUAUAUUUAAUAUAUAGUUCUCCAGGAUUAAAAUUGUCUAUUUUUAAUAAUAUAUUAAUAAUAUAACAGUAAGGGCAAGUAAGCAAUUUGUUAUUAAAUAUAAUAUGCAAGUGAAACAAGUAUGUGGUUUGUUAUAUAUGUGUGUUAUUAACGUGUGUUUGAUAGUAAAAUGUUCUGUUUUCUUUAUUCUAUAAUGUGAUAUUUAUAUACUAUCUAUUUCUCAAUAAAUAAAUAUGACUUGUAUUUUCUUUA